GCGGCGGCGGCGGGAGGGGGGGCGUGGCUUGCGCGGGGGCGUGGCCGCGCAGGGCGGGCCGGUCGCAGCUCGAUAAUGGCGGCCGGGCGGCGGCGGCGGCGAGUGGGCUGCGCUGAGUACCUAAAGCAGUGGAAAUAAUUGAAAGCUUCCUACUAAUAACAGGCUGUUUGAUGUGGUCCUUAUUGCCUGGUUUAGUGACUUAGAGAGUUAUAUUUGUCACUGACAGUCUUACAAGCUGUUUUAGUUUUGAUACACUAGCUGUGAUUUUUUUUUUUUUAAUUAUUAUUUUUGCGUUUCAUUCUGUUUGAUAAUUGGCUAGCUGAGCUUUUUAUUUUUUUUUUCUGUCUGCAGUCAGUGUCCCAUUUUGGUUUGUUUGUGUGAAGGUGGUGCUGGUGUGUUUUGGUUUGUAAUCAUGCAGGGAAGUGUGCAGGAAGGUUCAUAAACCUGUGGCAGCGUUUGGUGGCUUUUUAUUUUUGUGAAUGUGUGUGUGUCUCUUGUUUUACUUAUAGAGCAAUAUCUUAAUUUUUGUAGAAGCCCCUGCCCUGUUGAGCUAAACUGAAAGUUAGAUGCUGGGUAUGAGCUUCUGCAAUCAGUUGCCCUUUUUAUGUAACCAUAUACUCCCCAGUCAAAGGAUAUUAAGUGAAAAAUCAUAGUAACGUUAAUACAUAAAUCGGAAGUGAUGUGAAGCAUCCUCCUGUCUUAGUAGCUGUAAAAGUAUUUAAUGAUUAAAUUAUAACAGAAACGUUUACCUACGCAGUCACCCUCAUAAAAGGCAGUGUUAAUUAAAUCUGUUGCUGCCCAGCCACAGGCUUCAGCUAGAACCUCUCCUCCGCUGUCCCAGGCUGGAUGGAGGGCACGAUACCAUACAUGAUACCGUACGUGAUACUGCACCGUUAUUCCCACAGAUGUUCACAGAAGACACUGAGAGAAAGGAGCAGGAGCCCCUGCGAUAGUCCUGUCUCAGCACAGUGCAAGUCUAGGUUGGAAUUGUUGCCACCUUGAAAACUGGGCUGUAUUCAAUAUCCUGACAGUCCCACCAAAAUGGUGUAAUUUCACUUUUAACGAGUCCGUGGCAACAGGUUUACAGAAUAGCUUCUGGAAUGUUCCAGCGUUGGGUUCAGUGUAACGCUCGCUGUUAAUUGAAGGGUGUCGGUAGGCUUAAUGUUGCCGCACCGAGCCAUGUGGGGGAAAAUACAGCCCAGUUUUUGUUCAUGAGUUUUAGUUCUGUGGGUUUUUCCCCCCUUCCCCAGAACCUUUGAUCUUGAAGAUGGUGAGUAGCCAGCCUAAGUACGAUCUAAUACGAGAGGUUGGUCGUGGCAGUUAUGGUGUGGUGUACGAAGCAGUCGUCAGGAAGACCUCUGCCCGGGUCGCGGUGAAAAGGAUGCGGUGCCAUGCGCCAGAGGACGUGGAACUCGCUCUGCGUGAGUUCUGGGCACUUAGCAGUAUCAAGAGCCAGCAUCCCAACGUCAUUCACCUGGAGGAGUGCCUCUUGCAGAAAGAUGGUAUGGUGCAGAAGAUGUCCCAUGGCUCCAGUUCCUCCCUUUAUUUACAGCUUGUCGAGACCUCAUUAAAAGGAGAGAUAGUCUUUGACCCCAGAAGCGCUUAUUACCUCUGGUUUGUGAUGGAUUUCUGUGACGGAGGAGAUAUGAAUGAGUAUCUGUUGUCCCGAAAGCCGAACCGCAAGACCAACACCAGCUUCAUGCUUCAGCUCAGCAGCGCGCUGGCAUUCCUGCACAAAAAUCAGAUUAUUCACCGCGAUCUCAAACCUGACAAUAUUCUGAUAUCGCACAGCAGGAUGGAUGCCAGUGACUUGGAGCCCACCCUGAAAGUCGCAGAUUUUGGGCUGAGUAAAGUGUGUUCGGCAUCAGGACAGAACCCUGAGGAGCCAGUCAACGUAAAUAAGUGUUUUCUAUCCACCGCAUGCGGGACUGACUUCUAUAUGGCCCCUGAAGUCUGGGAAGGACACUACACUGCCAAAGCAGACAUCUUUGCCUUAGGGAUUAUAAUCUGGGCUAUGUUGGAACGAAUCACUUUCAUAGAUACGGAAACGAAGAAGGAACUUCUGGGGAGUUACGUCAAGCAGGGGACAGCGAUCGUGCCUGUGGGAGAGGCGCUUCUAGAAAACCCGAAAAUGGAACUACUCAUCCCCGUCAAGAAGAAAUCCAUGAACGCCCGAAUGAAACAGCUGCUGAAGGAAAUGCUGGCUGCCAACCCGCAGGACCGACCCGACGCCUUCGAGCUGGAGCUGCGAUUAGUCAAUAUAGCUUUUAAAGACAGCAGCUGGGAGACGUGACCCGCCGAGCGCGUCUCGGUAGAGCUCCCGUCUCUCAACCGAUGGUGCGACUUAACGACAGUAAAAGAAAUGAGCCUGAACGCAAACCUGCGGGGUGUAGUUUGUACCAAACAAAUCCCAGUUUUUGAGUUUCGUCAAUUGUAGAAAUGCGAGUUGGCUGUUGUUGUUAACGAUGUGUUGAUGUGUAUAAUCCCGGGAUGUUCCAUGCAGGUGUCAGGUGUGACGAUGUUCGUUAGCGUGCGCUGGCGGUGCGAUGUCUCGAGAGCUGAGACUUGAUUUCCAGCACUAUGUCACGGAGUAUUUCGUACAUUCCAGUUUCCUACGUCAGUAUUAGGGACUCUCAUGGAAAAAAGAGAUUUGCAUGCUGGUAGUGCAAAUCUUCAGGCUUUGUAAAGUAAUUCUGUGUAUAUAUUUAUGUAUAUGAGUGACUGGGAGUGUAUGCCAAUUUUCUUAAAUUAUUUCCUAUGGGUCUGAAUGAUUUGGGUCCGCUAGAAACCUGCGUGAGGAAGAUAAAUGAGAAGCAUUCCUUCUUCUCCAGGCCGGAAUAACUUUAUUAUUUAUUUUUGUUAUUGUCAAAAAUAGGGUCUGAGAGUUGACUUUGUCUACAAAGAAAAGCAAUGCAGGGGGAUCAGCAGUUUGCAAAGUGCUGACAUGGCCCAUUUUAGCACUUACAGCUUAAUGAGCUCGUCACCAAGGGAGUCAAAUUACCAAUGCGUGCAAUCAGGUGCUGGCAUGUUGGCUGGUACAUUAAUCAUUGGAUUUUGCUUUCUUCUAGUAAUCAAACACUUCAUUAAUCCAUUAAUCUACAGUUUCACAAUGUGCUCUUGACCCUUGUGUCUAUAAUCCAGUAGCACCAUGAGGAUUUAUAACAGCAAUGUACUAGUUUAUGGAGACGUGGAUGGGGGAAUCCGGCAGCAUAGGGUGUUUUCAAGACUGCAAAAUAUGGUUGCAGCACAGUUUUCCUGUUAACUUGGUGUAAUUCUACUGGUCACAGUCUCUUCCUUUCUGGCCCUGACUCUAACCUGGUCGUGAGGAGGAGGUAGAGGGACGACUUCAUCUUGUAGAACACACCUCAAAUAUGGGAGAGAACUCAGUCACCGAUAUGUGAAAGGUACCUCCAAUUUAUGCAGCAACCUUCACUGUUGGUUUUUUUUUGGUGUUUUUUUAUAAUGUGCUUUCCUCCUUUUGAAGCAGUAAUAUGUAUUUAAAAGCACGAUGGAAGGAUGGGAAGCUUUGCAGCCAUUGAAAGGCUCUCGUGCCACAGAAGCAGAUUGAGGUUUCCCUGAAGGCACCUCACUGACAGAAGCUGCUUUGUAAUAAAUGUUAUGACACUUUGUUCUUUUGGGUGCAGGACUGUGACCUUUCUCAUCAAUUUGACCUUUUGCAAGAAAAAUAGUCUUAAAAAAUUGCCUUUAAAGGCAGAUAUAUUAAAGCUGCAACUAAGGCUCGUUUUAUUAAAAUCAAGGUGACUUUCUUCCCAAAUCUCACCUGAGAAGUGCUGUAAGUAUUCUUGUAACUUCUCCUCAGAUACUAUUGCCUCUUAGUGCUGCCAGAGCAGUUCUCAUCGCUCAGUGUUUAUUCUGCCAGAGUAUGAAUAAGCAGCACAAACAAAAUUAUAUAUAUAUAUAUAUAUAUAUAUUUGUUCUUCCAAAAGCGAACGAUUCUGAUCCUACUGAACUUCUGCAGCUUUAUAGACAACAACUGUUCUUGCCUGGUGCUGCGCAGAGCUGCCGGCCGUUACCCAGGGGCCUUAGUCAUUAAUUCUUGUUAUUUUCCUUCACUUCAUCAUUUAAGACAAGUUGUCUGAACAGUGAUUCUGGGACGAACGCACUUUGUCUCAAACAGUGUUUAUUGUUUGGAAGACGCUAUAGAAAUAACUUUCAGAAGAGAGUGUUCCCCAGUACAGAGGAGCGUAAAUUGGGGGGGUCGGUGAUGGAGGAUACAGCUCGUGUCCUUCCUGCAGGGAGCUCAGUCUAGAAGAGAAGACUCAGAGCCUGUUUGUGAGUAACGAUAAGGGGAGAUCUAUUUAUUCUUACAUUAUAGAAGCGGAAAUCUGUUUGUUCUCAUAUUCUAAGUGGCUUUGGUGCCAUUGAAGCCUCAGCUUGUUCCUGAAAGGAGGAAAAGAAACUUCUCACUGGCUGCGUCACCACUUUUCGCGGUACUAACAUUUCACGAGUUGAGUUUUAGGAGGUUGUAUCAUUGUAUAAACUUGAGACCUUUUUAAAAAUCUAUCACAAACUUCCUCCUUUCCUGCCCACCCAAAAGUCAGAAAUCUCACCUUAAAGUACGCAUUCACUACAGAAUAAUACUACUUACCUUUCAGGUGCUUUGCAAAUCAUCUGAUUCCCUGAAAUAUUUCAAGUAAGAACACUGAAUAUGCUGCCUGUGGGGCAGAAAUGUGUCGGGGCACAGAAAAACUGUGAGUUUUUUGACUCCCAAAGUGUUUCUUUGCACUGAUUGCUAUUGGGGGGUUACCCGAAAUCCCUCUCAUGGUGCUUGGCCGCGCUGUUGGGCAACACUGAGUGUUUCCCGCACUCUGAGUCCUCAAGGUCUGUGUUCUGUUUGCCUUCUUUUGUCGUCUGAAGGUGUUUGUUUUAAAACCUUUGAUAAAUCGCUGUAGCAGCUCCAGACUCACCAGCAUGACACGAAGUCAAGAUCCUUUUCAGCACUCAGAUUUUGUUUUUAAUCAUCAAAUCUUUCUUUUAAAAAACUGUAAAAUAUAUUUUAUGGAGAAUUUAUAAUGAGGAAGACUAUUGUGUAAUUUAUUACGUUCAUGACUGGUUUUUAAAUAAAAGCUGAAUUUUGAGGAA